AUGGUAAGAGUUGUAACUAGAAGCCACAAGUGCAGCAGCAGUUACAAUGAUGAUUCAGAGUCUUCAAAGGUGUUGCUUAAUCAAGACAUGAUGCUUCCUAUACUUACUUUGCUUCCUCUCAACUGUUUGCUCAACUCUGCAAGGUAUGUUUGCAAACCAUGGGCAAAUACUAUUCGCACUUCCCAUUUUGCUCAAGCAUGCCUACAACAUUCUAAACCCGGUUUUUAUGUUGAAAAUUGUGACUCUGAAACUACUUCUUAUUACUUGGAUAUCAAAAAUUAUGUGAAUGGUCACUUUGAAUUUGAAAGGACUGAUUUGGGAACACCUUCAAAAGUCUGUAGGAUUGUAGAUAGCUGUAAUGGCAUAUUGUUCAUGCUUCGUUGGAGUUGGUUUGCUCCUGCAAAAACACAAACUUUCCUCGUGAACCCCUUAAUCAAGUCUCGGCUUAAACUUCCUCGUCUACCCUAUUCACAUCAUUAUCGCACACACCCUGCAGUUCAAUUUACUAUAGUUUGUCUUCCUCACACUGCCAAAUUCAAGCUCUUCUUCAUAGACAUCCUAGAGGUUUCUGGUGCUCUUUAUUAUGUUUUCUAUGUGCUAAGACUUGGAAUAGAUAACUCAUGGAAAGAGAUACUAAGAAAAGAAGCUCCUAAAGACUGGGAUACUAUUUGGAAACCACUUUUUGAUGGAGGCUAUCAUCUUUACUGGAUAUCUACACAGCAUGGAGUGACUGUUUUGGAUGUUGACAAGGAAAUUACAGUUGGAAAAUUUUCACUCCCCCCUUUGCCCGCCGUGGAUCCUUAUCGUUCUACAACAUUCUUAUGGAGGGGAAAUCAACUUACUUGCAUUGUCAGUAUUGUUCUUCAUGAAACAUAUCAAAUCUCCAUUUUGGAUUUUGAUUCUGGAAAAUGGUCUCUUUAUCAUGAAAUGGGACCGUUUGAUUUUGUGGCUGCUUGCGGUCGUGAACUUAUUAUUAAUUUUCUUCUAUUUCGUUACUGGAUCCACGAUCAAAUCAUUUUUCGAGUAGCUAGUUCGCCAGAGAUUUUUCCUAGAGGCCGUUACAGCAUCCAUUUUAGUUACAAUGUCAAUACUAGACAAGUCACAAAGAUUGAGGGCAUUGAUAUGGGCAAUCAUGAGGUAUGGCUUCACACCAACAGCCUAUUUUCGUUGCCAAGUACUCCAACAUAG